AAAAUAAUAAUAUCGAAUUUUCAUUUGGUUAUUUUUAGCUCUUUAUUUUUCACCUAGCAUUUGUUGUUGGAGUCGGCGAUUUCUCAGUUCUUAUAUUGCAUGUGACCUCCGGUUCGUCAAGCGGCGGAAAGUUCUUCGAAUGACGGAAUCUGAAGCAACCAAACAGUAUCCCACCGAGUUCCAGUGGAUGGUCAUAGAACAUUCCUCGCAAUGAUACAGUUUAAAUUGAAACGCAGCAGCAGAUUGGAUAUUGUAUACCAAAACAAAUGAAAUGACUAGGUGUUUGAUUGGUUAAUUUCACUUGAUGUUACCAUGGAAACUGCCUCCAAGGUAUUGAGCCUAGAAAUUGAUUCCCUCGCUCUGGAUGGAGUACCACAUACUCCCAACUUGUCCGGGGAAUUCAGCGAUGGCGAACAACUAGGAAGCGAAACACGAAUUUCAACCCCAAAAUCUAAGUCUCCAGCCAGAGUGCCACCAACCAGUGAAAGUUUAACGGAGAAGCGACAAUCAUUAACCACUUGCAAUGGAAAUCCUUCUGUGCCAUCUAACCCUCUGCUGGAUACCAAUGGAGUAACUUGCGGCGAGUGCAUGGAACGAUUCAACAAUUUACAAAAAUAUAUGGAGCAUAGUUGUUCUGGAUCAUUGAACAACACAGUGAAACCAGAAGAAGAUUACCUCUACGAUAACAGUGAUGAAAAUGAACUCAGUGACAUUGAGAACUUUGAGGGUAAAAUAGUGUAUCAACCUGAUGGCUCGGCAUAUCUUAUAGACCAAGUUGGUGAGUCUGAUGAUGAGAUUGCACCAAGUAUACCAAAGUCUCUUGAAGGGCUUGGUCUGCGCUAUAACUCACACACCAAUCAGUUGACAGUCCAACCACCGAUUGUAAAUGCUCUUCAUAUUCCAUGCACUCCAACAUUCAUGAACAUGUCAAAUAUGUCGCAAUUUGGAAUGAAUAUUUCUGAAAAUAACACAACUCCAAUCAUGCAGAGUUAUCGUGUUUAUGAUGUACGCACAGGAAACAAGAAAAAGGAAGGCGAUAGUAAAGAGAACGAAUUGGAAAAACCGGCAGAGAAAAGCCUCAUCUUCGAUAGCUCUAAACCAAUACUUAUGUGUUUUCUCUGUAAACUGUCAUUUGGCUUUGCCAAAUCUUUUGUUGGGCAUGCUGCCAAUGAACACAAGCUGAGCCUGAAUGAGAAAGAGAAAAACAUUAUGGCGCGAAAAAAUCAGUCUGCGAUCAUUCAAGGACUAGGAAAGGAGAAAGAACCAUUACUGUCAUUCCUGGAGCCUCAGCCAGUGAAGACACAAGCUACGAGUUCAAGUAGUUACACCACCAAUGGGCAAAGUUAUUACCAGCAGCUGUUGAGUAGUUCUCAACCAAAUGUUAGCUAUAUCUAUCCAGUUUCUGUCCCAGCCAGUACUAACACUUCACUUGUUACAACAAGUACCGCUCACAUUGAGGGCAACAGUCUGUCAGUCGAGAUUUCUCCAAAGCAACAUGGUCACAACUCUUCUUCCUGUCAAAAUGAGGACUCUCGAGACUCCGUCGCUCCUAAGGAGCAAAAUCUCCCCAAAAACAUAUCACAAAAGGAGAGGAAUGUAAACCACCUGUCUGCAGAUUAUGAAGAUGAUGAAAUGAGCCCAAGUAGUGGUGUCAUGGAAAACAAUGAAGGAACAUUAAGUUCAAAAGCUGAAAGUCUAAUUGAUUUUAAGAACCUGUCAGUGUCAAACACUAAGGAAACACCAGAAGAUACAUCUGCUGCAAAAGAGGCACCUGAGGUGUCAAAAACAAAAUCACCCACCUUAGAGGAGAAGCUUUCGUCUUCUAGUAGAUCAUCCAGCAACAAGGAUCUAGCCAGUGAACACAGUACUUCUACUUGUAUUGAUUAUAAACGCAGUACUGCCAAAGACACUGAGGACUCACCAAAAUGCAAUGCAGGUGAAGUUGAGGAAGAUGACCAACUCAACACAGACAAACACCAUUCACUGCGGCAUUCUCUAUCCAAAGAGUUAGCUGUUUAUAACACUUCUGAUCAUACCCACCACCAUCAUCAUCAUCAUGACCAUUCAAACAGAGUUUCCAGUAGCGUGGAGUGUCCUAAAUGUGACAUGGUUCUUGGUUCAUCUCGGUCACUUGGUGGACAUAUGACAAUGAUGCACUCGCGCAACUCUUGUAAGACUUUGAAAUGUCCAAAAUGUAAUUGGCAUUACAAGUACCAGCAGACACUAGAAGCCCACAUGAAAGAGAAACAUCCAGAGGCAGAAACAAAAUGUGUUUAUUGUCAUAGUAACCAAUCACACCCCCGCCUAGCAAGAGGUGAAACGUACACCUGUGGUUACAAGCCUUUCCGGUGUGAAAUCUGCAACUAUUCAACUACCACAAAAGGCAACUUGAGUAUUCACAUGCAGUCUGACAAGCAUCUUAACAACUUGCAAGAACUUCAGUCUGGUAGUGCAGUAUCUGCUGCUACUGCGUCUGUUGUAUCUACUGGAAGCACUGAACAUCUAUUUUCCCAGUCUAAAGCUGGUGAAUCCACUGCAUCAAAGCCAAAACCUAAGCCAACCUGGAGAUGUGAGGUGUGUGAGUAUGAAACCAAUGUUGCCAGAAAUCUGCGUAUCCACAUGACCAGCGAGAAACACAUGCACAACAUGCUUGCAGUUCAGCACAAUGUCACUCAGAUGCAACAUGACCUGCAAAUGAAUCUUGGUAACUUUCAGGCAGAUGAGGGAAUGUAUCGACUUAUGGCACAAAACAUGGUCCCAAUUUCAAUUGCUACAGAUGCUCACAUAGACCCACAUGCAGUGAUGGGGGAAUAUCCAUACGAUCAAGCCAUGUACGCUGCAGCCAUGGCUGGACAGAUCACACCUGAGAUGAUGGAAGUUGAAGCUACAAUGGGAGAUGAUCAACCACCAGUUGACGAAGAUCCUUCCAAAAAUGAACCAUUGAAAAUGUUUCAGUGUUCUGUAUGUAACAAAUUCUGUAAUGAUGAUUUAGAUGUUCUCUACGAUCACAUUCAUCAAGACAGGAGUGUUCCCACUGAUAGCUCCUGGAAGAUUCAUAUUGGUGAUGUCAUUCGCUGCAACCUCUGCAACUACAGCACCCAGCUGAAAGCCAACUUUCAACUUCAUUGCAAAACUGACAAACACAUCCAGAAACUGCAGUUAGUAAACCACAUCAAAGAAGGUGGUUCACAGAAUGAAUGGCGACUAAAAUAUAUGAAUGUCAGCAAUCCCACUCAAGUGAAGUGCAAUGCCUGUGACUACUACACCUACAGUGUUGAGAAGCUACGUGCUCAUGUGGCAAACUACCGCCAUGAGACAAGCCUGAAGUUAUUCAGACAUCUUCAACAAAUUAAUAUUACUAUCAACUCAGAAUCUAAAUACUAUCACUGCAAUAUUUGCAAUUACUCCACCAAGGCCAAACUCAGUCUGAUUCAGCAUGUACGUUCAAUGAAACAUCUGAAAACAGAAGAAGGUUUUGAGAGACAGAAAACAGAAAAAGAGGACAGCACUGCAGCCAGUCACAGUGGUGUAAAUGAAGGUGUCCUUGAUCUGUCGAAGAAGGACAAAUCCAGUGAAGGGAGCAACGAAGAAAAGAAAAGUCCAUCUAGUAGCCAAAGUCAUUCAUCUCCUAAAAAGCCAAGCUCAGAUUCCGCUGGUACUGAUGGAUCACAUAUGCGUACAACUACAACGCAAAUCUACACAUGUCCAUACUGCAAGUACAGUAGCAUUGAUCAAGAUCGCAUCAGAGCUCAUGUACUGUCACAACACAGUGUGAAGCCACAAGCUGUACUGAGAUGUCCUCUCUGUCAAGAUAUGUGUACAAAUAAGAUUAACUUAGAAAUCCAUCUGGUACAGGUCCAUAGUGUAUCACGCGAAUGCUUACAAAGAUUAAUGGUUGGCGUGGAGCAGAGUGAAUGGCUGGUAUCUACCGGCAACCCACCGAGUGCGUCUCCUACCAGUCUUCUUUCACCAGGAGCAUCCCAGUCGCAAGGCCUUGAUAGUCCCACCUGUCAGAGUCCUGGUUCAAGUAUGUUUGCUAGUAAAAUUGAAGAGUCUAGUGAUGCUAAUCAGGGAAGUGAUGUUGAGUCUGGAGACCAGUAUCGAUGUCAGAAGUGUCAUCAGGUGUUUCAGCAACUUGAUGGUCUUUACAAACACCAGAAUGAAGUCUGCCCGUUAAAGGAGCAAGAAACUCCUGGAGGUCCUGGUUUCCUAUGCUGGAAGAAAGGCUGCAAUCAAUACUUCAAGACAUCAGCAGCUCUACAAAUGCAUUUCAAAGAAAUUCAUGCGAAGCGACCCCAGCUGCCAGUUUCCGAGAGACAUGUCUACAAGUAUAGAUGCAAUCAGUGCAGCUUGGCUUUUAAAACAUUGGAGAAAUUGCAGGUUCACUCUCAAUAUCACAUGAUCCGUGCAGCUACUAAAUGUACAAUCUGUGAUAGAAGUUUCCGCUCACUAUCAGCCCUUCGAAAGCACAUGGAGACGAAUCACUUGGAAUUACCAGCCUCUGAUGUUGCUCAGUAUUUCAGCUUGGCAAACAAUGCAAGUGGGUAUAUGAAUUUACCAUCAUCCACAUCUCAGGAAGCAGCUGUAAUGAUUGCCAAUAGUAUGGGUAUUCCUGUGUCUUUAGCUAGUGGUUCUGUGUUUGCUCAGCAAACUGCGAGUGAAAUGUCCAUGCAAGCCCUGACACCUGAUGCCCUUGACGAAAAAUCUCAAGAUAGUCUGUCCUCUGACACUAUGUUGGAGGAUGAAGGCAGCCAGGCAAUGGAUUUGUCAAGUGAACAAGACUGUGAUGCAGAGAAUGGUCCAGAUGAUGAUGCACUCCAAGAUGGGCCUCAGCCUUCUGAAGAAACUUACCAUGAUCCCACACGUAAAUACAAGUGCCACCGUUGUAAAGUUGGGUUUACCAAACAGAGUGAGCUCAGUAAUCAUCACAAAACAUUGCAACAUCGUAGAGGAUGCAAGGCAGCCUAUACUAUGGACAAGUAUCUGGAUCCAAACCGACCUUAUAAAUGUGAGACUUGCAAAGAGUCAUUCACACAAAAGAAUAUUCUUCUGGUGCACUACAAUUCAGUGUCACAUCUUCAUAAGUUAAAGCGAAGCUUGAAUGUCAAUGAAAAUUCUUCUUCAGAACCAGCACCAAGCAACGAUAAAAAGCCCUACAAGUGUAACAUCUGCAAAGUUGCGUACAGUCAAGGAUCAACUUUAGACAUCCACAUGCGGUCAGUAUUGCACCAGACAAGAGCAGCUAAGUUAGACGCAUGGGAGCUUGGGGGACUUCAGCACAUAGGACAAGUCCCUGAUAUCACCUGCUCAAUUGCAUCAGCAUCUGAGCAUCAACAGCAACAGAUCACAUCUAGUCUCCAGCAGCAAUUACUUGCUGCAGCAGCUGCUGAUGCUACACAACAACUAGUACAAGCUCAGAUUGCACAAAACACUGAUGCCGCCAAUACUGCUGCAGCAAAUGCAGUUGCUGCUGUUGCACUCACACAACAAUUGAUGGAUCCCAAUACACUGGCACUCUUCCAGCAGCAAAUGUUGUCAUCCGGAUUUGCCAACGGAAUGUACUGCUGUAGCCGUUGCAACUCUAUUUUUAUGUCACAAGAAACUCUUAUUCAACACCAACAGACUCAAUGCUACUUAAGUGAUACUGCUACAGCUGCUCAGUUUUCCACCCAGCAAAAGACCUACAUGACAUACACACCACGUCCAUCUUAUGCCAUCAUGAAAAGCUACUUGGAAAGCUAUGGAUUUGAUCUGGUCCAGCAGUUUAAUGAAAGUGCCCAGGGCUUACCACCGAAUGUUGAUCCCAAAGACAAAUUCAAAUGUGAUUACUGUGACAAAGAAUUCUCAAGUAUAUGGGUCUUCAAAGCACAUGCUGAACAAGUGCACAAAUCAUUUUUGCCUACUAAAAUGAUUCAUAAGUUUGCCGAAUCCUACAGAGAUGAAUAUGAUAAACUUCAAGAGGAGAAAAAUAAUUUGGUCACAUCCGUGCUAGAGACAAGUGCUCCUGGCACCCCAUCUGACACUGGUGCAGUUUCAGCUCAACAAGUAUCAACUUCUCAGGCAUCACAGAGCCAACAAGCAGCUACUCCACAAGCUCAAGUUGUUCCAACACAGCUUGAUAUCAUACCAUCUGCUGCAACCGCUUCAGCCACAACAAGUGUUAUGCCACCACCCGCAGUUCCUUCACCAUCAACCCAGAUGAUGAUACAAAAUUCUCUUCCCAUGCAACUUCAGACGAUGCAGAACAUAUCCUACAUCGAUCCAACAGCCUACAUGCAGAAAUCACCAAAGCGUGCAAGAACUCGCAUCACAGAUGAGCAACUCAAGAUUCUACGGGCACACUUUGAUAUAAAUAAUUCACCCAGUGAAGACCAAAUUUGCGAAAUGUCUGAGAAGUCUGGCCUUCCUCACAAGGUCAUCAAACAUUGGUUCAGAAAUACUCUCUUCAAAGAGCGUCAACGCAACAAGGACUCUCCCUACAACUUCAACAACCCACCUUCUACAGCUCUUCCACCUGAAACAUCCACUGAAAAGAAGGGUGACACCGAAACAGUGACUUCAGAAAGCUCUGCAUCAUCUGUUGGUAGUGAACCUAUUGGAACACCACAACCUAUCUCUCUAGCUGAACCCCAGAUCAGUGCAAAAUUAGAACCCAGUGCAAUUAACGAAUCCACAGUUGAAAGAUCUCCUAUCAGUCCCACUAUUAUGACUGAUACUACAACAAUAGUAUCAUCUGUUGCAGAAACAUCUAUUGUACCCAGUCCAACAUCAUCUAUCCCUAUCAGUAGUACAUCAAUGCAUAUGCCACCAACUUCCGACACUCCACCUCCUCAAUCUUCAUCAUCAAUGACCAUGACAUCUUGCUCCAGUGGUAGUUCAAAGCGAGCAGGGCGUACUCGAUUUACUGACUAUCAAAUCAAGAUGCUGCAAGAAUUCUUUGAGAACAAUGCCUAUCCCAAAGAUGAUGACUUGGAACAGUUAUCCAAGAUGCUGAACCUUAGUCCAAGAGUAAUUGUUGUUUGGUUCCAGAAUGCCAGACAGAAAGCAAGGAAGAUGUUUGAGAACCAGCCUCAACCUGAAGCUGAUACAGAUAACAGUGGUACUCGUUACCGUCGCACACCCGGUCUAAAUUACCAGUGCAACAAAUGUUUGUUGGUAUUCCAGAGAUUCUUUGAACUCAUCAAGCAUCAAAAACAACACUGUUAUAAAGAUGAUGACAGUUCCAAUAACAGUUAUGCUGAUUCUUCUACUCCAACCUCACCGACCACUCCGACAAGUUCCCAUGCUGAAACGCCUAUUCCCAGCAAGAGUGAAGAAAAGAAGUCAGACAUAAAAUCAGAGCCUGGUCAACCACCACAAGUACACUACCAGUGUGACAAAUGUGAAUUGGUCUUUCCACAGUUUGAGCAGUGGCAUGAGCACCAGCAAGUCCAUUUCAUGCAACCAUUUCGAUCAUAUAUGCCUCAGCAUGCAAGUCCAUUCAACAUGAUGUACAUGCCAUUUGAUGGUAGUAGCAUGAACGGGUUGACAGCAGAACAGUAUUUUGGGGCUUUCUCCACACCCAAAUCGGAGACAUCUCCAACUGGCAAGAGGAAACUCUCUGAAACAGAUGACGCUUCUAAUGCAUCAGAAACACAAUCAAAUGCAGAUCAAGAUCAUCAACAUAGGGACAAGCGUUUACGUACUACAAUCUCACCUCAACAACUUGAGAUUCUGUACCAGAAAUACCAAGAAGACAGCAACCCAACCAGACGCAUGUUAGACAUGAUUGCCAGACAAGUUGGACUGAAGAAACGCGUGGUGCAGGUAUGGUUUCAGAAUACCAGAGCCCGUGAAAGAAAAGGCCAAUUCAGAUUAUCAGCACCUAAUCAUUUACACAAGAAAUGUCCCUUCUGUCGUGCUAUCUUCAAAGCCAAGUCAGCUUUGGAGGCUCAUAUUAAAGCACGUCACUGGGACCAGUUAGUUAAUGGAAAGCCUUUGGAAGCUCUAAUGAAGCAAAGUGAUGUUAUAGAUUAUGCAGAGCUUGCAGCUGAAGAAAGCUCAUCAAAGUUGUAUGAAGAAUUUAUGAAAGCUGAGUCUGUAGAUGAAGGUGGUGAAGGUGAAAAAGCUUUAAAUCUAUCUAGCUCCAGUUCUAAGAGUGAUGAUAAGUCAGCUAAAAUGCGUAGAGCACCAGAAGAUUGCAUUGUGAUUUCAGACUCUCAAGAUGAUAGCAGUCAAGAUGCAGAGGAAGGUAGCAAAGAUCUGAUCGAGAAUAAUCCUGAAGAUUUUGAUUCAUCUGCUUGUUCAAGUGUUGGCACCGGCUUCAGCAAUGAGGAGAGGCAUAGAGAUAUGGAAGGAGAUGAUGAUGAAGAAGAGUCUGUAAAUGAUACAGACAGUAUCUGUAUGUCUGAAACCACCUCCUACACCUACUCCUACAACAUUGGUCCUGAUGACUCAAAUAGUGGAAUUACAGAUAGUAACUUGACUGAUGCUGAACAACGUAAACAAGCGAGAGAAUGUGGAAAGAGGUUCCGCACUCAGAUGAACCAGUUGCAGCUGAAGGUGCUGAAGUGCUGCUUCACUGACUACCGAACACCGACAAUGCACGAAUGUGAGCUUCUUGGUAAUGACAUUGGCUUACCAAAGAGAGUGGUGCAAGUCUGGUUCCAGAAUGCACGGGCCAAAGAGAAGAAGUCCAAAAUUAGCAUAGCAAAACAGUUUGGACUAAUAGGGACCAAUUUUGAUGGACCUCGUGACUCCUGUAAGUUGUGUGGAGUCCAGUACUCUGCAAAACUAUCUAUCCGAGAUCAUGUUUUUACAGAGACACACAUUCACAAUGUGAAGAAGUAUGUGAGUGGGCAGAUGGAAAAAGACACAUCAGAUUCAUCAUCUUCUGUAAGCCAGCUGUUGCAACAUUCUGAUCCUAUCGAAGCACAGAGAGCAUUAGCUGCUAGUUACCUUCCCAAUCAUCAGGCAGCACUGCUCAGCCAGGGUCAUAUGUCUGGUCUUUCAGCAGCCCAGCUACAGUCAGUACAGGCACAAGCAAUGUCUGCAUUCCUUGGGCAGACCACAGCAGAAACUAGCACCAGCAGCACUAAGGAAGAAGUUAGUGUUAAAGAAGAGAAGAAAGAGAGUGCCGAAGCCAGUACUAGUAGUAGCAGCACAAGUCAGAAUGCUGCAGCCUUGGCCGCAGCAUCCCAAUCUAAUUUUCUCCCAUCAAUGAAUAGUGCUGAAGCUGCCUAUAUGUCUUACUUUUUUGGAGGAAUGGCUCCCUAUUACGCCCAAGCUCCAUUUGUCUACCCGCUCUACUCACCGAAUCAGACUGCGGCUUUUUUCCCGUAUGAUCCCUCUAUGCAGAUGGGUUUCCAGUCUCAUCUAUUUCCAUCGCAGCAUCAAAGUCCCCACUCUGCCACCACUGCAUUUAGCCCAACAAUUGGAAAAGCAGAGAAGGGCAGCAGCAGCAGCAAGAAGAAAGAUAGAACAUCUAAAUCUUCAAGUACCUCCACCUCUACUCAGGAAUCCAGUACAGACAGUAAAGGAGAAAGCAGCUCCAGUGCAGCAGUUCAUUUCAACAAGGCCAGCACUUCAGAUCAUUCCAUUUCUCAAUUGAAGAGUAAAUCUGAGACAAAGGCUGAUAAAUUUUCGUGACUCGGGUUCCAACCAACCCCAGCAGUUGGGAAAUUUUAAAAUGAAAGUUUUUUUCUGAAUGACCAGAAUCAAGUGCAGUGUAUAGGAAAAUGGUAAUUUGUACCAUAUCAGAUAGUCAGGCAUUACUGGCACAAUGUUGUCAAGUUUAUUUUUAUGGAGUGGUUGAUUAUUAAUUGCUCAUUUAGCAUAUUCUGGGAGAGAGAGAAAGGAGAAUAUUAAUUAAUUACAUAGCCUGUGGUCGUCUAAUCGUCGUGUAAAACACUGAUCUAAUCA